UUGUAUUCAUUAGUACAGGUUCUGUCUUCUACUGGUGCACCCUGCUGGGAAUGGGAUCAGAAUCGUGGAGACACAGAGGAUGAUAAUCAAAUUAGCCAGGGUAUCCCAUAGGCAUGCACAUAGACUGGGUUUUUAUGGUGCAUACUUAGGUGAAUAGCUGUUACAUGAUCCAGUAUGAGUCUGACCAUAUGAGAUUGGUAUAACAUGUUAUAAAUUUGAAAACUGAAUGUGGAACUUGAACUGGUGUAGAGAGUUCAUGCUAAACCCUGUGCUCAGGUGAGUUUUUCAUCUGGUACAAGGAACCCUAGAGCUCAAUUUGCUGAAUUGCUAAAGCAUGGCCUGGGUGACCUUCCUGUAGACUCUGUGACUUGGCUUCCUCAAGUGAAAAAUUGAGCCAGGGCUAUUGAUUUCCUUUGUAAAACACCCUGGGCCUUGUCGCUUUGAAGUCCCGGUUUAAACACACAUUUGUAUAAUUUACGAGUAUUGCUAUAAUAAUUUUAAUUGUAACUACAAUCCUUCAAAUACUUCAGCCUUCAAAAGCAUUAGGAGCCCCUGUGCUACACUUGACAACAGAGAGCAUCGUCAAAAAUGCAUCUGGUGAAAAUUCACCUUAUCUUGUUAAUUUUCCAGGGAGCUAUGUAAUAUUAAAAGGUUAUGCUUAUAAAGUAGAAUCUGUUUAGCAUCAUUUAUGUCCUUAAAACAUACUCAGAAUUGGCAGUGUGGCAUUUUUUCUACUAUGUUUGCUUGAGUGUGUAUAUAUAUUUUGUAUUUUUAUAAUAUAUAAAAAUACACAAUGUACCAAAUAGGUACCUACAUUUAUAAGUAAUCCUAACCACCUGUUGUGAAGAUGCAUUUUCCUUAUUUCUAGAGCCAUUCUUAGAGUAUUAAGAGCAAAAUAAAUCUUUGUAUGGAACUGCAGAUUUUGGAGAUUUUGUGGAAUGCUAUAAGGGUGUUAUACAUUGCGUAUAUUAUAUAUAGCUGUAAUGAUAGCUGUAAUGGUAAUGCUUUGCUUUUCCAGUAGUCUUGUUUCUGAAGUGACGAAGAACGAUAUGUUUUAUAGACAUAUUUCUGUAGAAAGUGGACUGGUUCCUGAAACUUAGCCUAUGCCAUGGUCCUUCACUCAGCUGUUUGUCAUGUGUUGGUGUGUGUAUGUACGUAACAGAUCUUCACUGAAUAUCAUCUAGCUACAUUCUUAACAUAGUAAUAGAUGUCUUGUGGAGGUCCAGUAAUGUGCUGCAAUAGUUAAUUAGCUGUAAUGCCAGAUGUGAUACCCUGUGGAUGGCCACCUAAGAAAGCAUCAUUUACAACACAACUAAUAUUUAAAAGGAUGGGAAUAUUGAGAAGAUUAUCAGAAACUGUAAACUUGUAUCUGAAAGUUAUACUGAUGGAGUGAUGCCCCAGUGGAUGGAUACUGUGCAUAUGAAGGCUUGAGAUCAUCUAUCACUUUUAUAUAUUGUGUAGUUUGGAGAGUGAAGGAAUUAACUGGAGUGCUUGUAUUAUUUUGUGAAAGGGUAAAAUUGUUUCUAAGCUUACUGUUUCUGAAUCUGCUGAAUGCAGCUGCAUCAGUGUCAGUCCAUCUUGUAAUUUCUGUUCUUCUGUGCUUACAUUUGACUGAAGAAAUUACAAUUAGUGUGAAUAGUGAGACUGAGAUGCUUUUGUAGCGGUACCAGCCAGAGCAGAUGGACUGUGGUAAGAGGAGACUUAAGUUAUUAUUUGUGUAAGUGACCAUAGACAGUUCUAAAUGGUUAAAUGUCAAUUGAAAUUUGCAAAACAGAUAGAUAUGGUGACAUUUACAUUACAGUUGGUAUAACUUUUUUUUAGAUCUGGGUGCUUAUUUUUCUGAGAAGCAUAUGAGAACUCAGCCCAUAGGCGUUGUGUUGUCUUGGAAGAAGUCUGAACUGUACACUUCUAGAUGAAGAUCUUGUUUUGAGGGUUGUUAAAACUAAUAAUCAGGCAAUUUGAAUGAAAGAAUUUCUAUGCAAUUUGCACUGAAGUAUUUGAUGACAGAUCGUUACAUAAAACUGGUUUUGAUGAAUUGCACUGCAUUCAGUAAUACUUACAUAGGCAUUUUGAUCCUUUCUGCUGUUUUCUCUUUUUAAAUCUCUUAGACAUAUGGAUUUAGUUUUCUUAUACAGUUUAUAAAGGAACAAAGUAAAGUUAAGGGAUUUAAGUGUUUGCUUUUAUGUGGAAAUCAAACAGAAAAAAGUGAUAAUAAUAGGGUUUAAUAAUAGGGUUUCUUAUAUGUUUUAGAUCUAUAUGUGUACAUGAAACCAUGCUAUUUCAAAAUGUCUCUGAGACAGUUUCUUGAAAUCAUUUAGCAAAUGGCACGUUGUUUGGCAUCUUCCAUUUAAAUCAAGUACAGAAAUAUUAGAAGUUUUAUAUUUUUUUCUGCAUGAAAACUUGAAAAGAAAGCCCUCUGUUCUGCCAGUGCUUUCAUAAACCUUAUGCAUGAGAGAUGUAGAUUGUGUAUAAUACUUUUUUUCUUUUUAUGGUUUCUACUGAAUGUAUACAGCCAAGGAAAAUAAUAGGAAUAUGUGGAAAAGAGAGAGCAUGGAAUCCUUCAGUGGCAGCACCCCAGGAAAGCAACUUGUUCUGCAGAAGAGAUUCUGCAGCUGUGGCGAGUUCUGCCUCAGUGGUGGUUCCUGGCUGUGUCACGUAGCCAGUUUUGUGGCCCGUUUUGUUUAGCAGAGCUGGUCCAACUUUCUAUUUCUCUGUGAAAUUGCCAGUGUUUUCAUUUGGCAAAUAGGUAUUUCCCAGGAAAUCUGACACUGCCUUUUAUACCUUGAAGUGCUUUUUGGCUGUGAUCUUUCAUAAACUGAGUUUUAGAAUAGCAUAUACUUGAGCUUGCAGGAUGAGGAUGUUCAUUGUUUUGGCAGCUGUCAUUAAAUUAGAAUACAGUUGGCACCAGGUAGUAUGCAAUUUGUUUUGAGAUUGUCCUUGCCUACAGUAAAAAAUAAUUGAAUUUUAAUAAAUUCACAGAAGUUUAUACUCUCUUGUGAGUGUUUCUCUUAACAGUUCGUAGAAGAUAUUAGUGCAUAGUUACAUAGUUGACUCAGGUUCUUUUUCACAGUGAAAAUAAUUCUGUUCCUGAAUUUAAAUUUCAGUCCAAAAUUGAAAAAGAAAAUCUUGGGGACUGUCUAGCUCUGUGUUGAUACUUUAGCUGUAGAUAAUUUAGCAUAUCAGAAUUUCUAGUUUUAGGUUUCGCAUGCUUUAAAAUAGUGUUUUAAGUUUAACAGCAAAGGCAGGCAAAAAGAUAUAAUUUGGAAAGCUGAGCUUGAUUAAGGUCAGAAGUCAGCAAGUCUUCAUAUUUACACUCUUGAAAGACUGAGACAGCUAAGAAAUGGGAGUGCACUUCUUCAUGCCCUGUGCUACACACUUUGUAAGAUUUAUAAAGGUUGAUGUUUAGAUCAUAAAUGUCUAAACCUACAAUAUUUUACAUAUGUAUGUGUGUGUGUGAAUGUUUUCUUUAUAUAUGAAGUGCAGAUUUUCUGCAGUGAAAAAUACGGUGGUUUAUUUUUAGAAAAUCCAUAGCUACAAAUUCAUUUCCUUAGCAACUUUCCAUCAAACAAAAAGCCUGCCCUUCCUCAUUCCCAAUCAAAACAAACUUAAACUGGCUUAUUAGUUUAGGCAGUUUUCCCAUGAAAAAUGGGUUCCAGGUCUUUGCCACAAGCGAUUGUAAUCUGACAGGUCACUGAAAAAAGUCUCUAUGCAUAACACAUGAAAGGACACCUUUAAAAAACAAAAUGUUAAUUUUUGCAGUGAUAAAGUUGAUGAUGUCAUUCCUCUUCAAUUGUUAUAUUUCAGUUUUACUGAGUAAGAAUUUGAGUCUCUUGUACUCUCUCAUCUCUAUUUAUUCAUUUUUAUUAUCUCUGUGAAUUGCACAGCAUGAUAAACUGGUGUGUGUAAUUACACUGAGCAUAUAGCUGUCUCAGGAGGAGAGGCAAAGGAGACAAAACCAGCAAGCAGCUUUAGGAUUCAGCGCAAUGCAAAACAAAAAUAUAGCCGCUUUGAGCAAGUUUUUACACUGAAAUUCAUUUUGAUGUGAUGCUUCUCUAAAAUAUAGCCCUUUGUAGCACAGGAUAGUGUCAGUUGUGCUACAGUGUAAAUUUACAUAGUUUAUGUGGCUGAGCGUGAACAAAUCCUGCUGGCGUAGUGAUAAAGUUGCUAAAUAUCCUACAGGAAGCAAGUAUCAAGUUUACUGAUAGUCAUGUUGACUGUGCCCAUGGGGAGUUCAGCCUAAUCAUCUCAGCCAAGAGCUGACAGAAAUGAAUCUUUGCUCUCUGUUUUAAAAGGAAACAGGACUGACAAAACAUGUGACUAAUCUUCCUUUUUCCAUCUGUUUCCAUAUACCUGUUAGACUAGAUAAUUGUUCUGGCUCUGAUUUUUCCAACACGCUGAGAUCCGCCAGGCUCUGCCCUUGGUGUAACACCAUGUAUUUCAUGUGCUUUGCUGACAUUGAUGAUUCUAUUACAAAAGUACAGUAGUGAAUAUAAACAGAUCUAUGUUAAUUUUAGGGUCUGCUAGAAACACGUGACAAAGGAAUUGAUUCUGAAGUGGAAAAGGACAUCUGUUGUAAUGUCAGAAAUUUUGUUUUCAGGGUUUGAGCAUGACACCCUUUGUGUUUGUUUUUUUUUUUUCCAAAUCAGAAGCUAAUGCAUGUAUUUUGUCUUCCUUUGUUUCAAAUGCUUCACCUUCCAGUCAUUACAGCAGCGUCCCUCUCACAGUGACUAUAACCAGUGCAAUGGCUUAUAAGCCAUAACACAAGCAGACCCCAGGUUUGUUUGGUGCCUCUUUAGGCAAUUUAAAUAAUAAGGAGUUUCUGCAAUGUGGAUCCUGGUGUUUUUAAGACUCAGGUGCAAAAUCAGUACUUUCCUAGUAGGAUGAUAUGAACGUGAGUUUACCUGCUUACAGCCAAGAGAGAGUGUUAGAAUCUAGUCUGCCUAAGAAUAAGCCAUAACACCUCCCUCAGUAACUUCCCCACCAUGUCUGUGGCUUCCUUUUGAGUGACAACAUUUCUUUCAGAAAGGCAAAGUCUUGGUUCAAAAACUGUGGUGUUGAGGAAUAUUGCAAAUCAAGUAGUCCAGCAGCUACUUAAUUUCACUUAGAAAAUGUGUAUUAUUUUUGCUUUAGUCUUUGUAAAAUUAAAUUGUUUUCUGCAUAGUUUUAAUUCUCUUAACUGGCUAUAUUUUGAAAAUUGGAUGUACUUGUUUGGAAAAAAAUUCUCCAGAGCUGUGUCUGGUUUUGUGUUGAAGGCCUGCUAGAUGAUUUGGGGAGUUGAUUUAACAUCUUACUAAGUCAACAGUUCAGGGGCAUUUUCAUAUUCCUGAGUUGCUUUUGUGCCUUUUGUCAGUGGCAAUAGUUAAACACAGUCUUGCUUCUGCUUUUUUGUGUUUUUAUUUUAUUUUUUUUAUUCUGCUUUCAGUCUUUUUUAUGAUACAUUACUACAGUCAUUUUCAAGCAAUAAAGAUAAAUGCUAUAGCAAAACAGAGUAUUACAGUUUGACAUCAAAGCUAUUUAAAUUUGAGGAGUUCUUUAAAAAUGUUUCAUUUUUGCAUUGUUUGAAAUUUACACAAGCUUUUCUUUGUUAGAUUGGAUGUGUGAGAUCUGCUUCUCUGCUCGAGCUCCUUCAUGCAUUUCCAGGGUAUUUCCACACAAAUACGCUUAAUCAGCUUUUAGAGGGAGUCUGUUCUGUAACAGGAACUCCCAAGUGAGCCACAGCUUGGGAGUGAAAGGAGGAGAAGCUUUGAAAAAAACAACAGGCCUUUGAACUGGGAAGAGAGGAAGAAUAAUUCAGGAGAAGUUCCUGUCCCUUUUCCAUGUGGGUUAACAUCUCUGGUGUAGACUGAACAUUUUAUUGCAAGGGGAUUCAAUAAAUGACUGUGCUUUCUUUCAGUAUUUCCAGGCAUUUGGGUAUGUGAAGUCCCUCGAUGUGAAUCCCCAGUACUUCUUUUUUCUUGUGUGUGUGCCGGGAGAGAUUGGAUUGAUGUUAGUAAAAAGGAUGAGUGUCUGAACCAUCACUUGCCUGCUUUUCUAAUUGUCAUUUUUAAACACUAUGUUAAUUUAGAUAGUAAUUUGUAAUAAUUCGAGGUUCUUUUUUGUUUGUUUGUUUGUUUGUUUCUUCUGGAGUGCCUGGAACACACAGUAAGGAGCAGCUUGUCAGGACAAGUUGCUUUAAGAACUGAAAGAACAAAGGAGAAAAUCAGUCUUUUAAACAGUACUUGAAGUUUUUUUGCACGACUUAGGUGGUACAGCUUUGUUGUAGGAAAAUGAAAAUCUUGGUUCUUGAAUAUGCUUGUAAAUUGAGCCAGUCAUCCUGCUAUGGCGACAUUCUUUUCACGCUAGAUGUCAGUGUUAACGUACCUGUUCUGUAAUCUCAGGUGUAGUCAUGCUGUUGUCCUCGUGGGUACACCUGUAUUUAAUGCUUAUGGUCAAAAUGUCAAGACAGAAACUGCAAAUAAUGAUUUGUAUGUUAACCCUUAACAGGCAUCCGUCUGCAAAUCUUUUUCUCGUGAAACUCCUUUUUUGCCCUCUGUUGCACCAAAUAAACCCAGGAGAACCAGGCUGGUCUUUGUUAAAAUGUCUGCUACAAUAUUUCCAAUAUCUGGAUUUCUCCUUUGUCUUAGUUUUAAACAGUGUGGCCUUAAAAACCUGGAAGAUAGUAGAUGGGUGAUAACUGCAUCACUCAAAAUUAAAUCCAAUGGGGAGAUCAUAAUUGUUUUUUCAUCUUCUCAAACUGUAAAUAAUUAGCUGACUAGCAGUAAUUCAUAAGAUGUCUCAUAAAGUCAUGUGUUAAUGUGUUUGUAGGACAUGUUGUGAGACUACUCAAAGACAUGCGGCUAUUUGCCUUGUUUGUUUUGGCUUACAAAAAUGGUUUUUUUAGUCGUCUGUGUUUCAUCUGAGGCUCUCUAGUGAUGACCAUAAUGUAGAUUUCCUGGUGAUCAAAACUGGUCCUGUAUAUCAGGAAGUAUGGUCACUGUUUUCUGCCUGUGGCUGUAGCCGUGACCACAGCCUGUCUUCCUGCAUAAAAAGCCUCAGUGAAGGUAUUGUGGUUAGUAAUAAUAGUGUGACAUGAUGAGCAGCGGGUUAAACACCCUUCUUUUAAUGUCUUUAGCUUCCAUAGAACCUAUUAUUCUGUUACCCUGUAAAUCAACUGUUGCUUAUUUACAUUCUUUUUAGUGUGUUUUUUCUCAGGAUUUUAGCUGUCCAGAGAUUUGUUAAACUGUGCUCUCUUUUUUUCCGUAACACCUCUGAGUGUCCAGAAAUACUUCCCUUGAUACCGAGAGAAACUGCCAAAUGUUGUCCUUCAAAGUGUUUGACGUUUUGGAGACCUUGAACCCAAAAGAGGCAGAAAUUGGUUUAUUGGAAUAUAAACACAAGUGUUUUUCAGGCAACUUCUUAAAGUUUUAUUGCAGGAGUAGAUGUACCUCAAACAUAAUUAUUGGUGUCAUUUUUUAACAAGAAGUAGUAUACUUCUAGAAUAACACGUGUAAAUCCUGGAAGUUGUCAGUGGCUGGAAAGUCUCAGGCCCUGGCAGGGGGGCUUGGCCGGUUGACUCAGGCUGCGUUCCUAUAGCAAAGGAAUUCGGUGACCACAGAGACAGUCUGCAGGUGGGAAUGCUGUAGAGAUGAGCCCUGUUUGGAGUUUAUGUGUGACGGUAUCUACAAAUUAAGAAGUGCACAGUUACCUUCUAUUUUUGGAUAUGUAAGGAAGGGAAGUAUUUGCCAUACAAGUAGAAACAUGGUACAUUUUUCAUAUGAAGUUUGAAUGGCAACACAGCGGAGUUUGCUCAUAAAGCUGCCCAUCUGCAGAAGUUGUUGCUGCUGUUGAUGUGAACACUCUUGCCAAUGAAGUUUAUAAGCACAACUUUCCCAGCACACCGUUAUGGGCAAAGACAAUUGAGAAUUGGCCUGCAAGGUGAUGUAUCCGAUCCACGGACAAAGAGCUUUCUCUACAUCCUUGACAUUCUCCCAAGGCUCCAGAAGCUUCCAAAAUACCUACUUUUAGAAAAUGUUAAAGGAUUUGAAUGCUCUUCUGCGAGAAAUGAAUUUUUGCGGACACUAGAAACAUGUGGAUUUAAAUAUCAAGAAUUUCUCUUGUCUCCAACCUGUCUUGGCAUUCCCAAUUCUAGGCUGCGAUAUUUUCUAAUAGCAAAGCUUCACCAAGAACCAUUUCCCUUUCAAGCUCCUGGUCAGAUAUUGCCAAGAUUUCCAGAUCAGGAUCUAGAAGACUUAUUUGAGAACAAAGCUGCUGGCAAAGAUAGUUCUUCCUUGUCUUCUGAAGAGAAGAAUCUCGAUCCAAACAUUGGUCCUGAUUGCAGCAGCAAGAAGAGUUUACCAAAAGGGACCUUCCUUUUUAAGCUUGAAACAGUAGAAGAAAUGGAAAGAAAACACACUCAGGACAAUGAUUCCUUUAUUCAAAUGCUUAAAGAUUUCUUGGAAGAGGAAAAUGAAGAAAUGAGUCAGUAUUUCUUACCACCAAAGUCCUUAUUGCGCUAUGCUUUCUUGUUAGACAUCGUUAAGCCCACCUGCCGCAGAUCCACAUGCUUUACAAAAGGGUAUGGACACUAUGUAGAAGGAACAGGCUCAGUUCUGCAGACAGCAGUAGAUGUUCAGCUUGAAUCAGUAUUUAAAUGCAUCGAGGAGUUACCAGAAGAAGAGAAGCUUAUGAAAUUGUCAACACUAAAACUGAGGUACUUUACCCCAAGAGAAAUAGCAAAUCUUCAUGGAUUCCCUCUGGAAUUUGGUUUUCCUGACAAAGUAACAAUAAAGCAAUGCUACCGUCUUCUGGGAAACAGCCUCAAUGUACAUGUGGUGGCAAAACUGAUCUCCAUUCUACUUGGAUAACGUAGAACCUGAACCUCAUGAGUAUGGACUGGAGAAGAGAAAGCUGAUGGCAGCUGAACAAAAGUCAGCUUACCAAAAUAUCUGUCCAGACACUUCGCUGCACAAUUCUGAUAUAUUUUUAAUACCUUGCUGUUAUGAUGGAUUUGCACUUUAGAGGUGUUUUGUUUAAAUGGAAGUUUCCAGGACUUGAUGUCUGUAUGUAAAUGUCCUUUUUAGUUUGAAAAAUGAAAAAGAGCAGCAUUUACAUAUACAUCAAUGGAAAUGGAUAAGGCUAUUUUAUCUUCAAACCGUCUUCUCAGUACAGUAUAAAAAGGCUGUAAAUGUCAAAGCUGUUUUAAUUAAGUGCAGAGACCAAGUUCUGCAUGUAAAAUGUCUUCAUCUGUAAAUAUCAGUGAUCCAUUCUUAAAAGAUUUAUUGUAUAUAUGAUCUGAAAUUUUGAUGUGUUUUUUUGUAGCUGGUGAAACUGUUAGAUUCAGUAUUUUGUGUACAAUUUUUAAGAAGACACAGUGUCAUCUGUAGUUUAUGGGUGUCUCAUCUUCUCUAAACACUUGCAGGUUUCUGGAACCCAACUCUGUCUGUCUGGUAUGAUUUGUUUUAAGUGCAGCUAAAUAAAAAUAUUUCAAGAUUGUCACAA